AUUACAAAUAAUAGCUCUCAAAUAUAAAAACAAAAUAGUGGGUCAAAAUUAUAAUUUCCCAAGUUUGAUAUGUUUCUCUCACUAUUUUUUCACUCGUUGUCUAAAAAAACAUUCUUUAAGUACUCACGUUCAUGUUAUCUUCAAAAGAAAACCUUUGCUUUGACUUUCAUUUCAUUUUCUCCCAUCUCUCUUAUUUAUAGAGAGUGCUAUAUGUAUUCUCCAAUUUGGAUUUCUAUCCCUUUAGCAGUCAUGCAUGGAAAAAGUACUGGAGAGGUACGAAAGAUACUCAUAUGCAGAGAGGCAACUCAAUCCAGCUGAUUUAGACUCCCAUGGAAGUUGGACCCUAGAGCAUGCAAAGCUCAAGGCUAGGAUGGACAUUUUACAGACAAACCAGAGGCACUAUGAAGGUGAAAACCUAGAAUCUUUAAGCCUUAAAGAGCUUCAGAAUCUUGAACGCCAACUGGAUUCUGCCCUAAAAAAUAUCAGGUCAAGAAAGAAUCAAGUCAUGUUUGAAUCAAUUUCCCUGCACCAGAAAAAGGACAAAGCAUUGCAGGAUGAGAACAACAAGCUGGCUAAAAAGAUAAAGGAGAGGGAGAAAGAGAUUGCUGAAUGGGAGACUACGCAGAACGACGACAUGAACUCCGCCCCCUAUGGUUUACCACAACACCUCCUAAACUCCUUUAACCUUAGUGAAAGGUAUAAUUGUGGAGGAGUAGAGUAUGGAGAGAUGGAAGGAAAUUUGCCUCAACAACAGCCAAACACUGUGAUGCCCCAGUGGAUGCUUAGUCACAUAAAUGGCUACAUAAAAUGAAAUUUUGAUCACUUUGCAGAAGAGUAUAUAUGUAUUCAAUGCCUACAAAGGUAAAAUCUGUGUACAUAAUUGUGGUGAUUAAGAAAAGAAAAAAAACAAAUUAAGAGAUGUCCAUUUUAAGGUUAUGGCUGUUAGAGACUAUAGUGUAGUAAUGUGUAGUUAAUUACCAUUUGGAUAUAAAAUAUAUGUGUGUAUGUUUUGUAUAUUAAUGUAAUGCAGAUAUGCUUUAUCACUCCGGUAGUAUUAUGGAUGUGGUCAUGUGGAUUGUGAUUUUUGUUCAAUUAAUGUCUUCUACUUAU